AUGAAUAUAUCCAGAGGAGACGGAUCUAACCUCAAUCCGGAUGUGACACAGUAUAACUGUCCGUUGUGUACCCGUCCGGAUCAUGAUGAGAAGGAAAUGGUGUACUGUGAGGAUUGCCAGAGAUGGUUCCAUUUCAGUUGUGCCGGAGUUGAAGCGUCCGUUAAAGACGAUGAGAACUGGAGAUGUUCAGCAUGUCGUGGAGAAGAUCCGGCUGGCGGUGAUUCGGAAGAUGAUGAUGUUGUUUCCGUUGAGGAGAGUAUUGAAGAUCAAGCCAAAGCCAGAAAAUCGAAGAACAGUGCGAAAUCUACCUCGGAAGACGAUAAAGAGAUUGCAGAGGCAAUGGAGGCGAUAAAGAAGGGGAAAAAGCGUUUGAAGAGGAAAAUGGACCAGAAGUUGGCAUUAGCUAAAGCGAAGUUAGAAUUGGCGAACGAGGAGAUGGAAAUGCAGUGGGCUUUGGACAAGCAGAUCCUGGAGAUGAAGAUUGUUUCAGAGAAGAAGUUUCAGAAGAAAAAGGAAAUGGAUAAGAAACAGCUGCAGAAGGAACUUGAAGAACUGAGUGAAAGCAGAAAGCGAACAGAAAUGGAAGUGGAGAAAAUCGAAAAGAAGAAGAAGCGCGAUUGUCUGAAAGAAAAGGAAUCUGGAGAGAAACUUCCAGUGACUUCUACACCGAUUGUCGAUCCGAAGCCGUCCACGUCAAGGGAUGGAUUAAAAAAGAAAAUCACGAAAAUCGAACCGAUAUCGGUGGUGAAGCAACCAGCGAUGGAAAAAAAAAAGAAAUGUGACAGUGAGAAUGCUAAUUCGAAGAUGAGUUCGCAAGAUGAACAGUCGAGCGAUUCUAGCGAGGACAGUAGCAGAGGAAGUUCUGAAGAGGAUCAAAAGAACAAGGAUCGGAAGAAGAGUAAGCAGAAGAUGAAGCAGGAUGAAGUGAACCCAACAAAGGCGCAAAUUUCGGCACGGCAGUUCCUUUCGCGAAAGUUGCCAACUUUCACCGGUCGACAUGAGGAGUGGCCAAUCUUUUUAAGCAGUUUCAACACCACGACUAAGGCUUGCGGAUUUUCAAAUUUAGAGAACCUGGCUCGUUUGCAGGAGAGCUUGAGGGGCCCUGCACGGGAUUCAGUUUGCAGUCGACUGUUGUUGCCGGAAGCGGUACCGCAAAUCAUCGAAACAUUGCGGAUGCUGUAUGGGAGGCCGGAGCAAUUAUUGAACGCGUUGCUGGUGAAAGUGAGGAAGACAGAUCCACCGAAAGCGGACCGAUUAGGUACGUUCAUCAGUUUUGGGAUGGUAGUUCAGCAAUUAUGCGACCAUCUUGAAGCAACGCAACUCAAUGACCACCUGGUAAAUCCCUUGCUGAUCCAGGAGCUGGUUGAGAAGUUACCUCCAGGGACGAAAAUGGAUUGGGUUCGGUACAAAAGGCUACAGGGUAGAGUCACACUUCGGACGUUGGCUGAUUUUUUGUCCGAACUGGUGUCUACUGCCAGUGAAGUAAGUGGAGUCGUGGAUACAUCAUUAAAUCCAAUCGGUAGUCGUGCCAGCAAGAUCAGAGGCGGAAGAUCGAAGGAAUAUGAAAGUCACAUCAACGCACACAGCGAAGAAUUGUCGAGAAAACCGGAAUACCCAAGAACACCGUGUCCAACGUGUGGACGCACAGACCAUCGACUUCGGAACUGCGAUGAAUUUCGAAAGAUGGGUGUUUUGCAGCGACUGGAGGUUGUCGAUCGAUUUGAACUAUGUCGAUCAUGUCUGAACGCGCAUGGGAGGAGCAGAUGCAAAGCGAACAUUCGGUGUAAGGUCGACAGGUGUCAAGGCCAGCACAAUACAAUGCUUCACCAACAUUCAACGGAACUGCGUUCAAACUGUAAUGCACACAGCGCAAGUCAGCAGGUGUCGGUAAUUUUUCGGAUGAUUCCAGUAACACUGAGCUACGGAGGAAUGUCCAUCAACACCUUAGCUUUUCUCGAUGAGGGUAGUUCUUUCUCGCUGGUGGAAUGUUCUAUCACAAAUAUGUUGAAGGCGACUGGGAAACCACAGCCCCUACGUGUUACCUGGACCGCAGGGAUGACGAGGCUAGAACGGGAGUCAAUGCUGUUGAAUCUGACGAUUUCUGCUGUCGGUUCGAAGGAACGGUUUUCGAUGGAAAAGGUCCACACUGUGGAGGAGCUGAAGUUGCCGGUGCAGUCUCUGAACUACCGGGAAUUGGCGGAGAGCUAUAGCCAUCUUAGAAAUCUUCCGGUAGCUGAGUAUCCAAAUGAGUCUCCGAGGAUUUUAAUUGGUUUGAAACAUCUACAUUUAUUUGCACCCAUUGAAUCGCGAAUUGGUCGACCAGGAGAGCCGAUAGCCAUUAGAUCCAUGCUCGGGUGGACGGUCUAUGGUCCAAAAGAAGGAGGUAGCUUGCGAACUGUAUACGUUGGACAUCAUUCAUGCACUGGUGUGUCCAAUCAAGAACUGCAUGAUCUUCUCAAGUCACAAUAUAUACUUGAAGAGCCGGGUGUAACAGUGGAUGUUUUGCCAGAGUCAGCUGAAGAUCGACGAGCUCGGGAGAUAUUGGAAACUACGACGAAGCGAGUUGGAGACAGGUUCGAAACGGGUAUGCUAUGGAAAGAGGAUGAUCCAUCGUUUACAAACAGCUACCCAAUGGCAUCAAGUCGAAUGAGAAGUCUCGACAAGCGCCUAUCGCAGAACCCACAACUAUUGGAAAACGUUCGGAGCCAACUCGUGAAAUAUCAAAGUAAGGGGUACUGUCACAGAGCAACUGUAGAGGAAUUAACGAAGACUGACCCCAAGAAGGUGUGGUACCUUCCCCUCAACAUUGUGAUCAAUCCGAAGAAGCCGAAUAAAAUUCGGCUUGUAUGGGAUGCCGCUGCUGCUGUAGAAGGUGUGUCGCUUAAUUCGAAGCUGCUUAAGGGACCGGAUUUCUUAACUUCGUUACCUUCGGUUGUGUGUAAGUUCCGACAGUACAGUAUUGGAUUUGGGGGAGACAUCCGAGAGAUGUUCCACCAACUGAUGAUUCGUCCGGAAGACAGGCAAGCUCUGCGGUUCAUGUUUGAUGGAGAGAUCUACGUGAUGGACUGCGCUAUAUUUGGAGCAACAUGCUCGCCAAGCCAGGCGCUCUACGUUAAGGAUCGCAACGCUAGUGAGUUCUUGAAGCAGUUUCCAGAUGCCGUAAGUGCUAUUGUAAAUCGACAUUACGUGGAUGACUACUUCGACAGUACAGAGACCGUGAAAGAGGCGGUGAAAAGGGCAAGUGAGGUCAAGUACAUCCAUUCAAGGGGCGGUUUCGAGAUUCGAAACUGGGUGUCGAAUUCUCACGCAGUACUCCAGCAGCUAGGUGAGUCAAAAACGAACCAAAUGGUCUAUUUCAAUACCGAUAAAGCUACGGGCUCUGAGCGGGUUUUGGGAAUCGUCUGGGACCCUCAAGAGGAUGUGUUCACGUUUGCUUUGAAACUGCGAGAGAAUCUGCAACCAUGUCUGACAGGCGACAAGCGUCCGACCAAACGAAUCGUUUUGAGUAUAGUGAUGAGUCUGUUUGAUCCGUUAGGCUUGCUGACGAUGUUCGUCAUUCAUGGUAAGAUGUUGAUACAGGACCUAUGGCGCACAGGUUGUGAGUGGGAUGAUACGGUCGACGAUGAGAGCUUCGAAAAAAUGGAAAAGAUGGACAGCGCUACUGCCCGAUAUAGAACGGCUAAGAAUUCCCCGUCACUAUUUCGGUGCUGGUGA